AUGGCUUCAUUCUACAAGUCGGCAGCAGCAGCUUGCCUCGUCGCCCUCUGUGGGCUCCAAUCAGAGGCGACACCCGUUAAAACAUAUAAAUUCUCAGCAGUGGAUGUGGGCGAAGGCAAGCGUAUUUCCCAGGCAUAUUUGUCGGUUAACUUACUCCGUAACGGAAAGCUUCUGAUUCGCAUCAGCGAAGUCGCAAGGGACGAAGACCUUGUCACUACCUUGAAGAACCAAGUAGUAGAAGGAGGAGCGCUCACUGACGGGACGUGCGAUGAUAUGAAAAUCAAAUCAGAUCUUAAAGAGAUGUUCUAUCGUGCGUUUGAGUACAACACCGAUACUCCUGACUACCGUCAACUGCUGCAGGAAGCCCUUAACGCGGGAUUCGAUGCCUUCACUGAGGAGUAUUUCAACGGACUUAUUGCGCGACAAACAUUAUUGAAAGACAUGACAGCAGAAGAUCUGAAUGUUUCUGUUGAAGCUGGCUUUGCAGCAGCCACCGCCGUCCCUACCGUUCUGACUUCCGGUUUGCUCGCCAUGCUGACAGCCAUCUCUGCCUAG